GCGUUCACUCAUCCGUACUAGAAUGUCUUCACCUGCGCAAGUGCUUGUUGUUGGCGCCGGUCCUACUGGGCUUGUCGCUGCUUUGACUCUGCUCCGCAAUGGAGUGUCGGUGCGUGUCAUUGAGAAAGAGCCCUCCCCUCGCCUUGGUCAGCGUGGGCCAGGCAAUAUGCCACGAACACUGGAAGCAUACCACUUCCUUGACGUGCCAGAGAUCGCGCAAGAGGCCGCUCGGAUUCCACCCAUGCAGUCGCAUGCCUUUGGUAGUUUGUCCGCCUUGAAGGAGUUUCCGAUGGCACCUGUGUUUGAUCCGACACAUGCUAUACCAAUUAUCAAUCCUCUGGCAAUAGGCCAGUGCAAUGUCGAGCGUAUCCUACGAUCGCACUUGGAGAAACUUGGUUGCUGUGUAGAAUAUGGCGUGGAGCUACUAUCCUUCGAGCAGAACGAGGAACGUGUUCUUGUUCAAACCGCAACGAAAGAUGGGACAAGCGAGAAGAUCAAGGUUCAGUAUAUCGUUGGUGCCGAUGGCGCACGAGGCGUCGUUCGCAAGCAACUUGGACUUACCUUCCUUGGCGAGACCCAUGAUGAGACUCGCAUCGUCACUGGUGAUAUCCGGUUCAAGUGCACGGAACUGUCCAGGGACCACUGGCAUAUCUUUGGAGACGAAGCGGGUAACAUACUUUCGUUCCGUCCCAGCAAAGAGUUCGGGGACAACGACGGCUGGCAACUCUUCGCUUCGGGAGAGAAGUUCGAUGUCACGAGUCUGGUCUCUAGCAAGGACGCCCUGUACACCUGCAUACGCGAGUCGCUGGCUGCUCCAGUCGACUUCGUGGAGUUGAUUUGGGUUGGAGAAUUCAGGCCCAACAUCAGAAUGGCUAAUAAGUUCGGAGAGGGCAGGGUCUUUGUUGCUGGAGACGCCGCUCACGUCCAUAGCCCCACAGGUGGUCAAGGGCUCAACUCGGGCGUGCAGGAUGCUUUUAACCUCGGAUGGAAGCUAGCUCUCGUAUCCAAGGGCCUCGCUCCACUCUCCUUGCUCGACAGUUACACCGCCGAGCGUCUCCCCGUCAUCGCCCAGAUGCUUAAUAUCACCACCGACCUCAUGAACAAGACCUUCGGCGAGACGCGCGGCACAGUAGAGAACGCGUUUCAUCGGGGCAGAAUCUUGUUUAUGCUCGGCGUAAACUACCGCACAAGUCCUAUCGUGCUCGACGAGUUUUCCGCUGGACUUCCUCCGGUCGCAGCAUACGGCGUUGAGCUCACCGAUGAGCUCGUUGCGGGAGAUAGAGCUCCGGACGCGCCUGGGCUGGUAGAGGGCGAGGCUACUGUUCGGCUCUUCGACAUCUACAAGGCGAUGCACCACACGGUGCUGGUAUUCUCGCUCAACGUCAAAUCUGCGCGUGACGUUAUCAAGUCAGCUGCGCGCCACUCGGCGCUGGCUCGCACUGUCGUGAUUUUGCCCGCCACAACGGCUACAGAGCUCCAUGUAGACCAUGCCAGGGUUUUGAUUGACCGGGAUAAUUAUGCUUACUCUCACUACCUAGUCAAGGACGACACUCGGGUUGUCGUCGUCCGCCCAGACGGCGUGAUAGGCGCCAUUGUUGCUGGCUCACCCGGAGUCGACGCAUACUUUACUCUGAUUCAGGGUAUUCAAAGAAGUUGAUACCUUAAACGCAUUGGAUCCAGAAGCUCCAUGACAUUGCUUCGGCGUGAAACAAACAUCGCCACUAGCUACGGGCAUAGUAUAUACAUGUUGUAUAAAAGUCUUUUAUCCGCAUGAUUACCUUCUUAUCACUUCUUCAGAUCAUCCUCACGUUCAGUUAGGAUCCGUUUCACCGAUUUAAAAGUCCACCUCAGCCUGACUAGCUCCC